CCCCCCGCCCGCUGCCGCGAAGCCCGGCGGAGGCGGAUGCAAUUCCCCGGCUGCCCCUUGCUCCUCGGCGGGGCGGCGGGGCCCGGCCCGCAGCGCGCAGGCACCGACAGCGGCCCCGGCCCCGGUACCGGCCCCGGCCCCGGCGCGGCGGCGGGCGGCAGCGCGGCCCCGCUCCGCUCCGCGCUCUCCCCGCCGCGGCCCGGCCCCAGCCGCCGGGGCCCGGCCCAGCACCGCGGGGCCAUGGCCGAGUGGGCGCCCGCCCAGGUGCAGGAAUGGAAUGUGGAGGCUCCCCAUCUGAUGCCACUGCAACCCCCACUGCUGCCGGAGCGGGCGCAUGUGCGGGAGGCACAGCUCCACUCCGCUGAGGCCUCGCUCUGGACCGUGGUGGCCACGGUGCAGGCGAUGGAAAGGAAGAUCGACCUCCUCGCCACCCGCCUGCUCAGCCUGGAGGGUCGGUCCGGCACAGCUGAGAAGAAGCUCCUGGACUGCGAGAAGACGGCCAUGGAGUUCGGGAACCAGCUGGAGAGCAAGUGGGCCGUGCUGGGCACCCUCAUCCAGGAGUACGGGCUGCUCCAGCGGCGCUUGGAGAAUGUGGAGAACCUCCUGAAGAACAGGAACUUCUGGGUGCUGCGGCUGCCCCCCGGCCCCCGGGGUGAGGUGCCCAAGGUGCCGGUGACAUUUGUUGACAUUGCUGUCUACUUCUCGGCGGAGGAGUGGAAGAAUUUGGAGGAGUGGCAGAAGGAGCUGUACAAUAACCUGGUGAAGGAGAACUACGAGUCUCUGCUCUCCCUGGAUGGUGCCCUCUCCAGAAGUGAGGCGCAGCCCCGCAGUGAGCGUGGGGAGGGACCCUGCGUCCCUGAGCAGAGGGAGCUGGAGCAGCGGGAGCUGCCGCCGGACACCUGCACAGAGUCGAUGAUCUCCACCUCCGACAUCCUGUCGCGCAUCAAGCAGGAGGUGGCUUUCGUGGGGGAGCAGCAGUUCACAGAGGAGCGGGGGAUGCCGCCAGACCCCUGUGCAGGCGCAGACGCCCUGAUCACGGCACACGACUUCUUGUCAUGGAUCAAGCAGGAGGAAGAGCCCUGCGUCCGCGAGCCCUGGGAGCUGCCAGAGAGGGAGAUGCUGACAGGUCCGGGUCCUGCCAGUGAGGGGCUGCUGGUGAAGACGGAGGAGCGGUGCCCCCACACCGAGCCCCCCGAGGAGGUGGGCUUGCCAGGCAGCUCCGGGGAGCUGCUUUUCCCCGGUGCCAGCUUCGGGAACCCUGAAGGACAAGCAGCAGUGACAACGGCGGCAGUGGUGGCUCUGCCGGCACAGCACAGACUGGGCAAAGCUCCAGGCUCAGAGCCGGGGCCAGGGGCCGAAACGGUGGGGGUCCCCACCGCGACGCCAGGAGCCAUUGAGGAGCGGCCGCAUGGCUGUGCCGAGUGCGGGAAGAGCUUCAGCGGGAAGAAGAGCCUGCGGAUUCACCAGCGGAGCCACGCGGCCGAGCGCCCGUACCCCUGCGCCGAGUGCGGCAAGAGCUUCAACUGCCACUCGGGGCUGGUGCGGCACCAGAUGAUCCACCGUGGUGAGCGGCCCUACAAGUGCACCGAGUGCGGCAAGUGCUACAGCCGCAAGGAGCACCUGCAGAACCACCAGCGGCUGCACACGGGUGAGCGGCCCUUCGCCUGCGCCGCGUGCGGCAAGAGCUUCAUCCGCAAGCAGAACCUGCUCAAGCACCAGCGCAUCCACACCGGCGAGCGGCCGUACCAGUGCCCGGCCUGUGGCCGCAGCUUCCGCUACAAGGAGUCCCUCAAGGACCACCAGCGGGUCCACGGGGCUGAGGCAGGCCCCCCCCCGCUGCCGCCUCCUGGCAUCAUGCCCCCCGGGGACGUAGCGCAGCUCGUCGCGGAUGUCCGUCAGGACGCCCAGCAGGCGGAACUGGAGCUCGCGGUCGCGGGCCCUCUCCUCACGCUGGGUGGCCCGCUCCUCCUGCCACAUGGCCAGCUCCUGAUGACCAACGUCUCAGUCUCGUCAUUGGAGAAGUUGGCCUUCCUCUUCCGGCCAGAUGCUGGCAUCGCCUGCGAGGCUGCGGCAGAGGUGGAAGGGGCACAAUUGAACCUCGGUCCCCACUCCUCUCUGUCAGCUCCUGGGGGGAACAUGGGGCUGCGGGAGCCCGAGGGAGCCGCAGAGGAGGGAGCCGAAGCAAGAGCCCCCGAGGCAUCCAUGGCAGGGGAGGCUUGGGCCGGGGAGGAUCUAAAGAGCCGCUUCGGCACACCACGCGGCACGGGGGCACCUCAUCCCCUCGCCCCAGCUCGAGAGCACCUGGGAGGGGAGAAAAGGAAAGGGCAGCGGUGGGUGGCGGCAGCACGGGGUGAUGGCAAGGGCCCCUGGUCCUCUCCAACCACAGGCACCCAGGGGCCCCCAGCCAGCUACCACCAGGGCCACGGAGAGGGUCAGGGUCAUGGUGCGCACAUUGGGACCACGACAGAGGCCACAGUGAGGGCCACGGCACACACCACAGGGCCAUGGGGCAUCCCUAAGGAGGGCUCGCCUGGUGCCAGCCGACACCAUGUGCACCACGUCCUCCAGCUCAUAGAAGGCCUGGAAGAGGUCCGGCGAGGUGGCCUGGCACUCCAGGUACCGCCGCAGUGUGGCCAGGCUCCCCCAGACCUCCUGCUCCGAGGGACAGGGCUGCACCACUGCCAGCUCUCCUGCGUCCUCGCCCUCCGCUGUCCCCUCAUCCCUGUCUACCUCUGCCAGUUCCCCAUCACACUCCAGCUCCUCGUGCAGCAGCGCGCGGCGCUCCAGCUGCUCCUGGCUGAGUGGGCUGGGUGCCGGGGCCAGGGCCAGAGCCUCAGCACCAGCAUCGGGGCUGAAGCCAGCAGCACGGAAGCAGCCAGCGAUGAGCUCUGGGUGCACGUCGCCCCAGGCUUGUGCCAGCAUGUGCAGGACAUCCAGGAGGGUUGGCUGCCCCAUGCUGCGCUCCACCAGCUGCCACCGCAGCAACCGGCGCCUGUAGUGGCCCUUGAGGUCGCCGGCAAUGCCGCGGUCCAGCGGCUGGGCCAUAGUGGUGGCCGAUGGGAUGAAGACCAUCCUGACAUUGGAAAGCUGGAGGUAAGGGUGCGCCUCAUGCUUGGUGAGGAGGAGGAGGACACUCUUCCCCUGCCGCUGCAUCCCCUCGUUGAACUCCCGCAGCCACUCAGAGAAGAGGGGGGCAGUCAUGCCGGCCAGGCUGCCAGCGCGGUAGCUCCAGGGCAUCUGUGCCAGGUUGACACCCUGCAGGCAGCGUGGCUGGGGGCUCUCCCCCACUGCCCGCAGCAGGACCUUCUCCGAGCCGUUGGCAUUGGCGCAGAGGAGGAGCGUCAGCUGGUUGCCGGCACUCUCACCCUUGCCAGGAGGGCUGACUGGGAAGAGGACCCCCGUCUCCCCACAGGCAUAGAUCUCGGAGGGCGCGUAGCUGCGGAGGAGGCUGGGCAGCACCACACCGGCCCAGUGCUCAGCCGUGGGCUGCUCUGCGUCCCCCUUCUCCACCGGUGGCUUCUUGAAGGCGAGGUUGUGGCGUGCCCCGAAGCGAGCCAGCCAGCCACCGCUGGGCUCCGGGUCAGGCCGGCCAAGCGCCUCGGCAAGGUGUUUGGCCUUGAGCUGGAGGAGUGGGCGGCUGAUGGGCAGAUCUGGGGCUGUGACACCCCGAAGCGCUUGGCCAGCUCGCUCUGUGACACCUUGGGGCCCUCCAGCAUCUCCAGCACCCGCACCUUCUCUGUCAACGACAGCUCCUUCCGCUCCUUCCGGGGCGCUGCCGUGCCCCCCUCUGCCGUCCCUGGGGAGCGGCCGGCACAGGGGGCUGGCCGGCAGGGGCUGCCCGUGGCCCCCAGCCCCACCGGCUCGGCGAAACGUCUCCCGCAGCGGCUGCAGGCGCCUCACCUGCGGGAGGGAUGGCGGCGGCUGAGCGCUGAGCCGCACCGGGAUGAUGGCGCACGGCCGGCGGCCAGCGACCUCGCGGCGCGGGCAGGGGGCCGGGUCGCCGGCGGGGGAGCCUGCGGGGGCGCCUGCGGAGGGGACCUGGAGUGGGACAUGGAGCCGCAGGAGCUGGCUCUGGAGCAGCCCCUGCCCGCCGCCGAGCAGGGCCCCGCCGCGGAGAGCGAGCUGCCGGCCGCCGAGAUCUCUCUGACUCUGGUCACCGAGAUCCAGGCCGUGGACAGGAAGGUGGAUGCCCAGGCUGCCCAGCUGAUGAACCUGGAGGGGAGGAUGAGGAUGGCAGAAACCAAGUUGAUCGGCUGUGAGAAGACGGCGGUGGAGUUCGGGAACCAGCUGGAGAGCAAGUGGACUGCGCUGGGUACCCUCAUCCAGGAGUAUGGGCAGCUGCAGAAGAGACUGGAGAACAUGGAAAACCUGCUAAAGAACAGGAACUUCUGGAUCCUGCGGCUGCCCCCGGGGGCGAAGGGAGAGGUCCCCAAGGUCCCUGUGGCAUUCAACGAUGCUUCGUUUAACUUCUCUGAGGAGGAGUGGAAGAGCUUGAACGAGUGGCAGAAGGAGCUUUACAGGCAUAUCAUGAAAGGCAACUACGACGCCGUCAUCUCGAUGGAUGCUGCCAUCUCAAAGCCCGACCUCCUGUCACGGAUUGAGCAAGGAGAGGAUCCCAACGUGGAGGAUCCAGAUGACUCUGAGGGAGGAGAAACCCCUACAGACCCCAGCACUGAGUUUUCCUUUCCUGGUCCGGAUGACAACUCAUGGAGUAAAUAUGAAGAGACUCUGGCUGAAAGCCACGAGGGCUCUGAAGAAGAGGAAAGCAUGGAGGUCCCUAGUACAUAUGAACAGCAGUGUGAUGAGGAAGGUUCCGAAAGCCUUGAGCUUCCUAGCUCGUUGACAGGGAAGUGGGAGGAGGUUUUCUCAAGCCCAGAGGAAGAGCUCAAGCCCAGCAGCAAGAGCCGGAGUGGAUCGACCCCGCAGCAGAGAGCCACAACAGGCAACGGGCUGAGGCGCUCUGCUCGCCGCGGGAGAGACUUGGCCAAGAAGGACGCUCCUGAGGACAUGGCUGCAGUAGAGGGGCCGUACAUCUGCUGUGAGUGUGGGGAGAGCUUCCUGGACAAGGAGCUCUUUGCCACCCAUCAGAAAGCGCAUGCCAGUGAGGAAGCCUGCACUUCCCUGGAGCAUGGAGAAAGCUUCAGGCAGAAAUCCAAAACAGCCACUACGAAAGCCCAAGGGCCCUCCCGCUCCAAGCCGUCCAAGCGCCCUGAUGGGGAGAAGAGCUCUGGGUUCAAGUACGGCUUUGUCAGGCACCAGGUGAACAACAUGGUGGAGAGACCGUACACCUGCUCCCAAUGCAAGGAGAGCUUCAGCCUGGAAGUGAGCCUUAUCUUGCAUCAGAAGCUCCACACAGGGAAGGGUGACGGGCCGUUGACGUGCACCUACUGUGGGAAGGACUUCCGAGACCUCUCCAAAGCCAUCCGCCAUCAGCGCAUCCACACUGGGGAGAGGCCGUACCAGUGCACCGAGUGCGGGAAGAGCUUCAUCCGGCGGGACCACCUGCUCAAGCACUGGCGGGUCCACACCGGAGAGACCCCCUACCAGUGUCCCGUCUGCGGGAAGCACUUCCGCUACAAAGAAUCUCUGAAUUGCCACCAGAAAAUCCACUCCCGCAACCCCCGGCCCAUGGAGGAUACGCAGCACAACCUGGAGUCGACAACUCAAACCAGCCAUUUCUGCGUGAAAAAAGAAACUAAGCAGUACCCCAUGCUACGAGGCCAAGGCUGGAAUGAAGGGAAGAGAGGCAAGGCAGAGACGUGGUCAGGGACACGAUGCAGGAUUUUUCGAAGGCGGAAAAGCAGAGAGGAGAGAGCGGCGAAGAGCAAGGCGCCGGAGCCAGUGCUGCCGCCGCGCUGCCCCUCACCCCUGCGGCCACUGGCCGGCCCCGAGCGCACCUCGGAGCGGGAGACGCAGACGGCUGAGUUGUCCUUGACGGUGGUGGCGGCCGUGCAGGCGGUGGAGAGGAAGGUGGACUCCCACUCCACCCGCCUGCUGGACCUGGAAGGUCGGACGGGGAUGGCGGAGAAGAAGCUGAUCGAUUGCGAGAAGACGGCAGUGGAGCUGGGGAACCAGCUGGAGAGCAAGUGCGCGGCACUGGGCACCCUCAUCCAGGAGUACGGGCUGCUCCAGCGGCGCCUGGAGAACAUGGAGAACCUCCUCAAGAACAGGAACUUCUGGAUCCUGCGGCUGCCCCCUGGCAGGAAGGGGGAAGUCCCCAAGGUGCCGGUGACGUUUGACGAUGUGUCCGUCUAUUUCAACAACAAGGAAUGGGAGAAGCUGGAGGAGUGGCAGAAGGAGCUGUACAAGAACGUGAUGAAGGGGAACUAUGAGUCACUGAUCUCCCUGGACUAUGCAAUUUCCAAACCUGGUGUUUUGUCUCAGAUUGAGCAAGGAGAGGAAUCGCGGGUCAGGAACGAGCAGGACUUGGAGGAGAGUGAGAUCAUUACCGAUGCCACCGCAGCUGGUAUAAGGGUAGUGAUCAAAACGGAGGAGCUCCUUCCUGAGGACAGCCCUGAGAACCCGGAGCUGCAUGGGAUGUCAGGGCAGUCGGAGGGGAGCUUCCAGAGUCCGGACGAGGAGGCAGCCUGCGAGAGCCCCUAUGGCUCCGUCUCCCCGCCGAGGGACCUCCCAGGGACCAGCCUGGGUGACUCGUCUGAGUAUGUAGCUGACUUCAAUGAGAUCCAGAGAGUCAUCGUUCACCACGGGAGCUGCACAGAGGAUGGGAUCGUGAUCAAGACAGAGGAGGAGGAGGAGGACGACGACCCUGACACCCUGGAGCCGUGCACCAUGUUCUCGGGCAGGACCGAGCCACCAGCGUUUCCCAGCCACGAGGCCGGGCUGGGCUGUGAGGCGCAGUGCAGCUCCAAAACGCAGCCCAGGAGCCUGGCAGCUGCCCGCGUGGGGAAGCCCCCCGCCUGCGAGAGGGACUCCGGGGAGAUGAAGCCGGCCAUCGCCCAGCAGCGGAACCGGACGAGGGAGAGACCCUACAUCUGCCCCGAGUGUGGGAAGAGCUUCAUGCUCAAGAUCAACUUCAUGAUCCACCAGCGCAACCACCUCAAGGAAGGGCCCUAUGAGUGCCACGACUGCGACCUUAGCUUCCGCAACAAGCAGCAGUUCCUGCUGCACCACAUGGCCUCAAGCCCCAGGCGCGGCCCCCCACCUCCAGGGAAGCCCUACAAGUGCUCCGAGUGUGAGAGCAGCUUCAGCCACAAGUCGAGCCUCAGCAAACACCAGAUCACCCACGUCGGGGAGCGGCCCUUCACCUGUGGCGAGUGCCGGAGGAGCUUCCGCUUGCAGAUCAGCCUCAUCAUGCACCAGAGGAUCCACGCUGGCAAGAGCGAGAUGGCCUUCCUCUGCCCCCAGUGUGGGAAGAACUUCACCCGGCCCUCCCACCUCCUGCGGCACCAGCGGACUCACACCGGCGAGCGGCCCUACCAGUGCAGCCAGUGCGAGAAGACCUUCAGCGAGAAGUCCAAGCUCACCAACCAUUACCGCAUCCACACCCGGGAGCGCCCGCACGCCUGCGCCGUCUGUGGGAAGGGUUUCAUCCGCAAGCACCAUCUCCUGGAGCACCAGCGCAUCCACACGGGCGAGCGGCCCUACCACUGCACCGAGUGCGGCAAGAACUUCACCCAGAAGCAUCACCUCCUGGAGCACCAGCGGGCGCACACCGGCGAGCGGCCCUACCCCUGUACCGAGUGCACCAAGUGCUUCCGCUACAAGCAGUCCCUCAAGUACCACCUGAGGACGCACAUGGGAGAGUGAGGGGCUGCGAACGGCUUCCCCUCCCUCCCCUCCCUCCAUCCCUCCUCAUCCUCCUCCACCUCCUUCUCCUCCACUCAUCUCUCCCACCCUCCCUCCAUCUCUCCCCACCCCCCCGGCUCAGGGCAUGGACAUCAAGGAAGCUUUGUGUGGUAGCGCUGCUGGUCUGGUGGAGACAGCUAGGCUGUUUGGAAAUAAAUUAAUUAAUUAAAGCAAGCAACGCGCGGCAAAAUUAAAAGAUUAUAUAUAUAUAAAAUUAACAGAAGCAGCUGAUUUAGGGGGAAUCUUCACCAUCAGAAAAAAAGCAAACAAACCAACAACAAAAGAAACCUGUACAGGGUGUUUUGCCGGAGUAGGACUCUUAACUGCUUUUUAAAUCUACUGUUUGGUUUUUUUAAUAAAUGUGGAGGAACUUGUUAUUUGAUAAGCAAA